AUGCCACCAAACGUGCCGACGGGCGGAACCACGAAGCGUCGCAACAAGAACAAGUCCCAGCAACAGCAACGUCAUCGACAGCCAGCACAGGCACCGUCUGAACAACCGGUAUAUAACUUCUUCAACACAAAUCGAUCGAUUUUUCGGCGUUUCUCUCACUUUCCUUUCCCGUUUCGCUUUCGAAAUAUUCCACCAUCAACACACUCCUUUCUCUCUCUCUCUUUUUCCCUUUCUCUCACUUUUCUCACUCUAUCUCUCUUUCCGAUUGGCAUCGCAUCGUGAGAAUCACCUGACUGACCGUUUUCGAGUGAUUGAAUUAACUUUUUUCGAGAAACUAAAGCCAAAAUUGUGGUUUCUAUGAAGAAAUGGUGGGGAUUGCAGAGUCUUCCGCCGGUAACCGAAAAAGUUGACGAGCCGACGACGGUGGAGCCGACCGUCGAACAAGUGAAAAAGAUUAGCGGGGAUCUGCUCGAUUUCAGCUCGUCCGAUAGGAGUAGUUUGAGUAGUCGACCGGUAAGGCAUCUCUAGAAAGCAUUUUAAAGCACUUAUUGUUUUUUUUUAAUCGAAAACUCCUUUUUUUUCAGGACUCGCCGGAGCUGGGUGACGAAGCGGUCACCGAUCAGACGUCAUUGUCAAUUGUUCCAGAAAGACCAUCACAACUGGAAGAAAUGCUGGUGGACAUGUCCCUGGACUCGGACGGACCGGCGCCGCCGCCCCGCAAACCGCACAGAGCCGCCCCGCCGGCACUUCCGCCCAUGAACACGAUAAUCUCGCGGCCGAAGAACAACUCGGCCACGUACAUCAAGGGCCAAGUGGUCCGGCAGUCGGCCAUCGAGCCGCAGACCCUCGCGAAUCAGGUCGUCGACCUGCUGAGCAUCUCGAAAGGACAGAGCCAAUCGGCCCAGAUUACCGCCGAAAAGGCCGAGUGGGUCCAGUUGACGUCUGUGGAGAAGGCCGGGGAACCGCACGAACGGCUCGAAGUGCUCAUCGUCGGACUAUGUCGGGGAUACCAGAUUUGGACCAUGAAUGUGAGCAUUUUUCAAAAUUUAUGCCAGAAACGGGGCUUUUUUUAAAAAAUAUAAUUGAAAUUGUCCCGUUUUUGUCGAAAUUUGAAACAUUUCUAAAAAAUUUACAAGUGAAAAAGUUUAUCUGAUCAUAAAUUUACAGCAAAACGGCGAGUUCGAAGAGGUGCUUUCGGAGCGGCAAGGCCCGGUGCGAGCGCUGAAAGUACUGCCGAACAACCUGAAACUGCGCGGCCGUGAGGAUCAGUUCGCAGAUUCCCGUCCUCUGAUCGCUCUGACGGACGCCUCGUCGCACGUGCCCGACCGCCAGUACUGCUCCGUUUCGAUCGUCUCGCUGCUCACCGGCAAAGAGGUGCACAGCCUCAAGUUCGACGAGCCCGUCUGCGCGAUCAACGUGUCCGACCAGUUCCUCGUCGUUUCUCUGUCGAACGUGGCGCACGCCUACGACAUUCUCACGUUCCGCCGCGUUCGAGUGAUCCGCACGGCGCCGUCGUGCGAGAAUUGCCCGCCGGCGCUCUCGUUGUCGUGCCAAUUGUUGGCGUUUGCCGAUCGGAGCCUCGAUGUGAAUCUGCAGAGCGCCGGCGGAUUGGCCGCAGAGGUGGAGGCGACCGCCAGCGAACGGUACACGGAUCAGCUGUACAAUGCUGUCAGUGUAAGUGCUCAAACUUUCGGGGUUUUCUAGGUCACGGUCAUGAUCUUGUUACGACUCAUCCUUGCAAAGAAUUUGGCAGUGUUCUAGAACAGUUUUUGUGUUUUUUCAUACCUAAACUUUUAUUUUUGCGCCGACAACUUUUCUCAACGUCUUUUCACUAUUUCACGCGGCCUGUGAAGCAAGAAGUGAUGAAAAGACGUGCAGAAAAGUUGGCAAUGCAAAAAUGAAAUUUAUUUCAUGGUAUACAGGGUGGUCCACCGUUACCCGUACAAAAGUUUUACGCGGCGCGCGUAGGUACUGACGCAAUUCUGGUGUGGACCUAAUUCAAAAUUGUGUAUAUUAUCAUGUUUUUAACUAUUCGGCCAAGUCUCAGACCAAACGGAUUUGUUUCAGCCAAAUAGCACCGAUUAGUCUGCACCCCGUCCCCAUCAUACGCUUGUUCACUGGAGGGGUGAGCAGACAAACGAUCAUGAAACGGCUCGGUAUCCCAAGCAAAACCGUUUAUGAUACGAUGUAACUUUUCUCCGGUCUAAACCCACUCUAGAGCAAUACCAGAAACAAAAAAGGAAUCACCAUGAUCUCUCCUCAGACGGUCACAGCUACCAGAGAGCGGAUCAUGAGAAAUCCGUAUCCAAGCACGAGAAUGAUAGCACAUGAUAUGGAAAUGAGUCCGAUAUCAAUGUAAAUCACUCUAAAAUGCAAGCUCAGUUUGAUACCGAAAUAUGUGAACAGAAGCCGUUAUCAUCUCAACUGCCAAAAAAAGUUGAAACGGAUUCAAAUGUCGAAACUCCAGUUGAGUGGCACGCGCCAUGGCGACCAUUUGAAGAUGGCCUUUUCAGACGAAUGACUGUUCCCGGCGAAGGCCAAUUUGAAUUCUCAAAAAUAGUCAGAGGCUUGCUGGGACGUCACUGGAGGCGUAUGAAAAAUGGUAGGGCCAUAAUCUGGACCGUGCCAUGAUUUCUUGUCCCAUCAGCUGAACAUGCCAAUCUCAACGCGUUUUCAUCGAUAAUGGUGACAAAAUCAGAAAAGUACGUUAUGUAGAUGAGGCUUCAACAAGGAAACUUCUUCUUCGGUCUCACAAACACUUCGGAGAACAACAUUGGGUGUUCUAGGAGGAUAAUACGCCUGCUCACACGGCCAAAAUCAUUCAGCAGUGGUUCCAGGCCAAUUUGGCAGCGUUCAUCAAGAAGGAAAAAUGGUCCGAUUUCUCGCCGGACCAUUUUUUGUUGGACUAUUCGUUGUUGGGGUCUUACAGGCCAAUAUAAAGGCUAAACCCCAGACAAGUAGGGGAGUGAUAAAAAAAUUCCUUGCCAGGUAGGGGGUCAAUUUGUUCACGGACUUCCCGCGUGCCGCGGCAAACUGUUACUUCGGAAGUCUUCGGGCUGUCAUUGUUAGGAAAGGAGGUCGGGUGCAACACUAUUAGCUUAUAAAUAUUGUCAAACAUCUUAGUAAACGUUUUGUUAAGUCUCAUGCCUUUCUGACUUCUAGUUUUGGAAUUACCCAAGUUUUAUUUUGUACGGGUAACGGUGGACCACCCUGUAAUAUUCGUCAAGGCCGUGGCCCGGAAAACACACGACCAUACGGAUCUAUAGAGCCCAAUUUGUAAAUUUGCAGUUCAUCUCGCGCGGAGUGAAGUCGAUCAGCGAGUCGGUGGGCGCCGGCUCGGGCGGCUCGUCGAAAUCCAAUCAACCGCAGGGCGUCGUGACCGUUCUCAACCUGGCCGCAAUCGGAGAAGACGAGGCGGAAGGUGUGACGUGUCACUACGUGGCGCACGUCGACCCCAUCUCGUACAUCGCGUUCUCGCCCGACCAACGACUCGUGCUUUCGGCCGACGCGAACGCGAACGUCUUCAACAUUUACCUGCUGAUGCCCCACGCGACGACGUCCUCGCUCGCCGCCGUCCAGCACUUGUACAAGCUGAAUCGCGGAAGCACGCCCGCCAAAGUCGUCUCCACGGCGUUUUCGGAAGACUGUCGAUGGCUCGCGAUCAGCACGAAUCACGGGACGACGCACGUCUUCGCGGUGUGCCCGUUCGGCGGGAAACCCAACCAACGGACCCACGGCGACACGUUUGUGAACAAAGAGUCGCGGUUCCAUCGAUCGGCAGGACUGACGGACGCGGCGGACGUGACCGCCUCGAUCGGACCUUCGAGGCACCGCGCGAUGGCCGACUCGUGCUGCUCGCACACGAAAGAGCAUCCGGUGGCGGUAAACUCGCCGGUGCUCGCCAAGACGAACGGCAACGCGCGUGUCGGUCCGUUCCCGCCGCCGCUGCUACUCGUCGCGAUCGAGAAGAUUAAAGAUUCGCGGUACACAAAGGAGGAUCUGAGUGCGUGGGCGGCCGACAUGACCAGUUUCCCGUACGCCGUCUCGCAGACGAACACCUCCGCCGCAGUCGCCGCGAGAAAACGGCUCGAGGUGUCGCGGAUGUCGGUCAUGUUCCGAAUGCGGAGCUACAACUCGACGACGAGCACGAAGCUGGCGAAGACGAUCAAAACGCUGAUGUCGAUGUCGAUGGUGGUGGCGAAGGUGGAUCCGUCGCAAGGAGUGAUCGUAGUGCAGCACGAGAUCAAGUCUCUUCGCAAGGAUGGCGAAUCGACGAACAUGGACGCGCCGCCGCACGUGAGCAUCGCGCCGAUCGGCGGCUGGUGUCUGCAGCGCACGAAGAACAACGCGGACAUGCACGCGCCGAUGCCCGCGGCUUCUCCUCUGAUGGCCGCCGCGACAGUCGACACGGUGCCGUCGAGGGGCCACCGGGACGAGGAUGUUUGGACGCCGCACGUCGAAACACGGACCUACCUGCCGCCGCACCGCUGGAUCUGGCAGGGACCGCAAUUCGCCCUCUUCGAGUACCGAGAGGACCAUCAGCCAAGUCUCAUGUCGCCGGGCGGAGGAGGAGCGGGCAGCAAGGGACCGCAUCCGUCGUCGUCGUUCAAAUCGGUCCCCGUGUUGAUCGGAACUGAAACGUCUGGUGAGUCGAGUUCUAGAGGGUGUCAGUACGUUUUUGGCUUUUUUCAUCACGAUUGGUGAUAUUGAUGUUAAAAAACACACAGACGAGCCUUUUCCUACCUAGUAACAAUAAAAAUAGAUGAUAAAAGUGGCCGUAAAAUCACAAAUAUGCAUUUGACCCGAUCUCAGCUCCUUUAGCGAUCAAACAAAUUCCGGCGGACGCGACACGCAUCGAAUGUGGCAGCUACACGUCGGCCAACUCGUACAGCAUUGAUCAGCUGCCGGAACAGCCGAUGAUCGGAGGAUUCGUCGGAGUGCCGAACGGAGAUGUAAGGAGUUUUGAAAAAGAGCGAUUAUUGAUUGAUUGGGGAGUUUUUGCAGUUGGAAGCACACAUUGCGGACGCGUGCAAGGAUAUUUCGAGUGACGACGACGAGGAGAAGAAGCGGAAGAAGGCGUCGGCGGAGAGGGCGGGGACGAAGAACAACGACGACAUUAUCGAGGAGUUCUUCGACACGGAGUCGUCGGCGCCGUUCGCUCGCAACGGAUCCGCGGGCAAGGCGACGUCGGCAAAGAAAAAGAAGACUCCGCCGGCUUCUGCGCCUCUUCCGGCCAUGCCAUGCGCCUCCUCGGCGCCUUCGAAAUCCUCGAAAAAAGCAAACGGGUCUCGCCGCGAGAAAUCGAACGAUUCAGACGAUUUCAGCUGCUUCGACAUGGAGGAUAUUUGA